GCCGCUGGACUGGCGCACGCGCCGCGCUGGGCCGCCGUCCGGCCGUGGUGCAUUGUGGGCCGGGCUGAGGAAGUAAAAUGGCGGACCUGGCGAACGAAGAAAAACCUGCCAUUGCUCCGCCUGUCUUUGUAUUUCAGAAGGAUAAAGCACAGAAGUCCCCUGCAGAGCAAACAGGUUUGUCGGAGUCAGGCGAGGAGCCCCAGGGAGAGGUUGAGCCUCCCCACCAUGCUCUGGGUCACACAGAAUCAGCUGGUGAGCGCGACUCUCAGCACCCUGCUCCCGCUGUUGCCUCAGUCAGUGCUACCCCGAGUCCCGCUUCUGAAGCCCAGCUUGCUCCUAAUCAACAAGAACUGGCAGGGAGAUCAGCGGAUGGAUCAAGUCCAGAGGAUGGAGAUGAAUCUGAUCGAGAGGAUGGGAGCUAUUGCCCACCCAUAAAGCGUGAGAGAACUUCGUCCUUAACUCAGUUCCCUCCUUCUCAGUCAGUAACAAAGAACAACGUCUUUAUGCCAUCGAGCUUCUGUGAACCUUCCACAGGCAAUUCCGACUCAGAACCAGAGGAAAAGAGCAGUGGAUUCCGGCUGAAGCCACCAAUACUUAUCCACGGUCAGGCACCAAGCGCAGGUCUCCCUAGCCAGAAACCGAAGGAGCAGCAGCGAAGUGUGCUUCGUCCAGCAGUGUUACAGGCGCCGCAGCCAAAAGCUUUCUCGCAGAUGGUUCUCAGCAGUGGCACCAAUGGUGUAAAUAUCCCACCAGAUUCUGCAGCCACAUCAGAAUCACCAAGUAAUGCAACACUGAAAAGUUCUGACUCUGAAGACAAGGCAGGAGAAUGUCAGAAAAAAGAGUCCAACAACACUUCAGAUGAUGACAGCUGUGAGAAGGCGGAACUAAACGCACAGCAAGCAUUUGUAUUUGGACAGAACUUAAGAGAUAGAGUUAAGCUAGGAGAUGAAAGCGAUGAAACUGCUGAUGUGCAGAAUGCAGGCCUUCCUACAUCGGAUGUACCUUCGGCAACAAAUUAUUUUCUACAGUACAUCAGUUCCAGUGUAGAGAACUCUACGAACAGCACAGAUGCAUCCAGCAACAAGUUUGUGUUUGGACAGAACAUGAGUGAGCGAGUCCUAAGUCCACCCAAAUCAAAUGAAGGUAGUACAGAGAGUAACAAGGAGAAUGCUGCUACAGAGUCUGGGUCUGAAUCAUCUUCUCAGGAAGCCACACCAGAGAAAGAAUCGCUGGCAGAGUCUGCAGCAGCCUACACUAAAGCAACAGCACGGAAGUGCUUGUUAGCGAAGGUAGAAGUGAUUACUGGGGAGGAAGCUGAAAGUAACGUGUUGCAGAUUCAGUGCAAGCUGUUUGUAUUUGAUAAAAACUCUCAGUCUUGGGUGGAAAGAGGCCGAGGACUUCUGAGGCUCAACGAUAUGGCCUCGACAGAUGACGGAACACUGCAGUCUCGGCUGGUGAUGAGGACUCAGGGGAGUCUCAGGUUAAUCUUAAAUACCAAGCUCUGGGCUCAGAUGCAGAUCGAUAAAGCCAGUGAGAAGAGCAUCCGGAUCACCGCCAUGGAUACAGAGGACCAGGGAGUUAAAGUUUUUCUUAUAUCAGCAAGCUCUAAGGAUACCGGGCAGCUGUAUGCUGCAUUGCACCACCGGAUCUUGGCCUUGCGGAGUAGAGUGGAACAAGAGCAAGAAGUCAAGAAUGUAGCACCUGAGCCAGAGGUAACGCAAUCCAAUGAGGAGGACAGCGAUGAUGAUGUCAUUGCACCUUCAGGAUCAGUUGGAAGUGGUCCUAAUGAUGAAGGUGACGGGCAGAACGUUGGCAGCACAUAGCAGAUGUGAGCCGAUCUGCUUGCAAGGCUGCUAUCAACACCAUCUUGCAGGCAUCUCUGAAUACCCCAGGCCAGCUGUUAUUUUCAGGCAGUGUUGAAGACUCCAGGACUUAAAAACUGUGCAUCCCUGUUCUGUUUGUUUGGUUUUUUGGUCUGGAUCAGUAGAUUCUACACAAAAAAAGCAGACUUGGAAACUACCUGAAUGUGGUUUGGGACGUGAAAGCUCAUCAUAUUGAUGAGCCAAAACAAAAAAAACCAAACAUUUCCCCUCAUCCUUGUAAUUGAAAUGGCACAUUACAGCUUGUCACAGCUUCUCAUUGGGACCUUUUGACUGUUUCUUCAGUAGCUCAUGUCUUGCAGGCCUCCAAGAUAGAACUUUCCGACACAGUUCCAACUCGAAUUCUGCUUUUGUAACCCCUGCUCCCCCUUUAUGAAUUUCUGCCACCUGCAGGGAAGUCGUGUCCUCACCAGUCCCCAACUCACUGACUGCCCUCCUGGGUUCGCUCUCUUUUUGGACUAUGGAUGGGGCAGAUUUAUGUUUUUACCUUUUAAUCCCAACGUAGGUAGUGAACGCUGUUGUUCCCUGUCUAGUGGGUUUGUAAACAGAAACAAAACAUUGUGAUUCACCAGAAGAGCUUUUUUUAAUGCGGUAAGAAGAGACUCUGAAGUCCCCAGGAUGUUUUGCUAACUCCUUUUCUUUCUUCCCAUGUCAUUAUUAUUAUUUGGGGAUUUAUAUUGUGGUGAUACUUUUUUAUUUUAGUUUUUCAAUAAGAUGCUCUUGUGUGUUGAAAAAGUGAAACUAUUGUUUUGUACUGUUCUUUUCUGUUACUAUUUAAGGGAGAGCUAAGCCACUGUAUACAAUAGGUGUUGCAUACAAUUUCUUAGGAAAUGAUCUGUUUCUGUGGCUACAGUGAGGUGUAGGAGGCAGACAGGUUACACCUUCCGACAGGUUGAUGAGGAAACAGCUGUUAGCCCUUCCCAGAAUAAACCAGGCUCAUGGGAUGAGCUCUGCCAGCUAUUAAAAAUCAAUCAGUAUAACAAAGCAGCUCUCAUUCAGUGGCUUGAUUCACCAAGCCAUUUAAGCACUUGCCUGACUUGACCACAUGUGAAUAAUUUCACUGAAUCAACACAACUCCUCAUGCUUACAGUUGAGUUCAUUUUUAAACAUCUUGCUGAAUUAACGGCCUUAAAUAGAAAAUUAACUUCUAACCCUUCCUGUCCCUCUUCUGUUUCCUGAAGUCUUGCAGCAUGAAGAAGGUGACAUUGCCAGUUUGGAAUAGGUUGGGCUGAAGGACACUGUAUUCUGUUCCACCAAAAUAAAAGCAAGAAUGUGUUUUCCCGUGUGUAGUUCUGAAAUGCUCCUGCUGUCCCCAGGACUCACUCUUUGCUUUGGAUAUUUUUUAAUCAUUUGGGGCUUUUGUGUGAAAGCUGAGUUUUGUCUGCCAUGAAAACACACGGUAGGUUCUUGUCCAGCAAGGUCAGAAUUUGGUGGUCUCCAAGAACAGCGACCAGUUCACUUUCUUUAUAAACUGCCCAAACUGUUCUAUUUUCCUUGUAAGUAUUUUACUGAUAAGUAACUUCUCACUUGCUUGGUCUUUCUCCUUUAGGUUAAGGAGACCUAAAAUGCACAGUUUAAAAGAGAAUUCAAGGGGAAGAAGGAUUUAAUAUAGUGAAUUGGAAAUGAAAACCCCAUUUGUAGCACAAAUGCAACUUUGAAAUUAUUCAACUAGCAAAGCAGUCCUUACCGCCUGUGUGUUGGUGGAAAACACUUAACCGGGAGUCAAGAACAUGUUUAAUUCUACCUGUUGUCCACUGUUAAGCAUUGCUGGAGACUCAAGCUCUUGGGGCAGGGGUUGCUUUGCUUUUUCUGACAGCCCCUUGAAGGAACAUCUGGGAUUGCUUUUCCAGGGAGCAAAAGGGGCUGCUGCUGCGCUGUGCCACUGCCUUUGUGAUAUCUCUGGAUCAUCUGCUCAUGCCUUUGUGUGUUUGGGGUUGUUCCUCCUUAGACAUAUGGGGGUUUAACCAUUGAUGCCCCCAUCUCAUGCAGCAGAAGCGUAGCAUGUUCCCACCACCACCCACACAACAGUCUCUGUCACAAGGUCUGGGGAACUGCUGGAUUUUCCAAGAGGUGAUGUGCAUUUUGGAUCUUGGAUCUUUUUACACUGAGAUACUCAAAUUUCAAGUACUCUUUUCAAACAACCUUGCGGCGCCAAGCUGCUCGUUGUCGGCAUAAAGAAAAUUAAAGGUGUCAGAAAAACGGAAUCGGCGUGGUUGCUUUGUUGGGUGUCGUGGUGAUGAUACAGCCACCGCAGCAUUCUAAAGUCUGGCAAUUGUUUCCUGACACAAGUUUUAUUUUGGCUGGAAGCAUUGCUCGUGUGUUACAGUGAAGAGGACAGGGUUGGUGUGAGCCAUGAAUGGAAUUGGCCACAAUUGACAGCUAAAACCUGAUCAUGCCCAUGUGUUGUGAAAGCUUUAUCUCCCUGUCCUAUCCACGUGGGGACUGCACUAAACCUCCUCUCAGAAAACAAGUGCCCCCAACUCCCUGGGCCCUGCCUUGUUCCCUGGGGGCAGUGAGGACUAAGGUUGUCCUCCAGCCUUUUCCCUUUGCACCAUUCUCCUGCUGCAUCUUUACUCCAGGGUUUAUUGCUCACAUAUGGAUGCUGUUACCAUGGCGCGUCUCACCCUUCACGCUGCCCAGGGCAGAAAGGAGAGUUUGGCAUUGAGCACAGCUGCUUGGGGAACGCUGCAGGAAGAACCCUCUUAGCCCUGACAUUCAAAAGAAGCUCCCAGCCACAGGAACUACAGGCAUUAAGACAAGAAAAAGGGUAGUUGCACCACUUUGCCGUAGCCCAGCGCACGCACGGUGCUUCUGAGAGGGCAGGGAAGGAUCUCAAAUAACCUGGUCAGAGUGAUGGUGGAGGCCUCAUCCCUGGAAGCAUUCAAGGUCAGGUUGGAUGGGGCUCCGAGGAACCUGAUCAAGUUGAAGAUGUCCCUGCUCACUGCAGAGGGGGUGGACUGGAUGCCCUUCAUGGUCCCUUCCAACCCAAACCAUUCUAUGGUCCUCAGCCAUCCCCACCAAGACCAGGCUGGGCGCUUGUCCAUGUUAGAAGCAUGCAGGAUUGAAACAUCCGCUUUGUGAUGAUUCUCCCUGUUCCCAGUCACUGUGGGACCAGCUCCACCGCUUGGGUGGUGUUGCUGUCAAAGGACUAUUCCUAACAUGGCCUGUUCUGCAGUUUGGCCUCUGCUUCUCCCAGCAAAUGUAGAAAAAACGUUUUAAUUCCUUUCUAGAAAUAGGUUGUGUAUUUGAAAAUUGACCAUUUUCCCAUAAUCUUCUCUAGUUUUAGGAAUUUCAACUAUGAUCAUUGCCACAA